UACCUGCCAUGUUGUAGAUGCUCAGUAAACAUCCGUUGGAUAAAUAAAUCCGUUACGAUCCAGGCAGAUGGCUCGAAUUCCCACUUUCUACACAUAUAUUUCUUUGUCAUCGUAGACUUUGGGGACUGGAAGGACCAAGUGGUCCAGGCCUCUGUCAUCAGACAGGACCUCCUUGACCUAACGCCAUCUCGUGUCUCCUUGCAGAGCCUUGCCCCUAACCUGUCUGAGGACUACAUCCCUGACUCCACAUCUUCCAUGGAUGACUACAUGAACUUCAACUUCAUAGACUUCUUCUGUAAGAAAAACAAUGUCAGGCAGUUUGCGAGCUACUUCCUCCCACCGCUGUACUGGCUCGUGUUCAUCGUGGGCACCUUGGGCAACAGCCUGGUCAUCCUUGUCUACUGGUACUGCACGCGAGUGAAGACCAUGACUGACAUGUUCCUUCUGAAUCUGGCGAUCGCUGACCUCCUCUUUCUCGUCACCCUUCCCUUCUGGGCCAUCGCCGCUGCUGACCAGUGGAAAUUCCAAACCUUCAUGUGCAAAGUGGUCAACAGCACGUACAAGAUGAACUUCUACAGCUGCGUGCUGCUCAUCAUGUGCAUCAGCGUGGACAGGUACAUCGCCAUCGCUCAGGCCACGAAAGCGCAGACCUGGAGGCAGAAAAGGCUGCUGUACAGCAAAAUGGUUUGCUUUACGGUCUGGGUGAUGGCGGCCAUGCUCUGCAUCCCGGAAAUCCUAUACAGCCAAAUCAAGAAGGAAUCCAACAUCAUCGUCUGCACCAUGGUUUAUCCUCACGACGAGAGCACCAAGCUGAAGUCGACUGUGUUGACCCUGAAGGUGAUCCUGGGGUUCUUCCUUCCCUUCGUGGUCAUGGCUUCCUGCUACACCAUCAUCAUCCACACUCUGAUCCAAGCCAAGAAGUCGCCCAAGCACAAGGCCCUACGGGUGACCAUCACCGUCCUCACCGUCUUC